AUGAGUUUAAAUCCUUCAUUUCAAUGCAUGUCACAAGUUUGCUCGCAAUAUCUUGAUGCUCCUAAGAUGCGACGUAAUACCUUUGAUCGUCUUCAAAAUGAUACAAAUCGAAUAUGGAAAUUUCAACGAUAUUCAUUAAUAUGUGAAUAUUUAUCUCGACCAUCAAUACCAUCCCCAUUUAUUAUUGUUGCUCAUCUUUGGCGAUUGAUAUUUACUACUUUAUCAUUAUGUUCCGAAUCAUCAUGGAUUAGAGAAAAACAUGAUCAAUAUAUAAAAGGAACAAAAUAUGCAAUAAUGUUAGAAGAAAAAUUUGCUAGUAAUAUUGAAACAAUUGAAGAUGCAUUUAGUCACGAAGUUUAUUAUAAUUGUAUGAAGAGUGCUGAAAAAUUCACUAAUGAGCAUGAUCUUGAUGAAGAACGAGUACAAACACCACAAGAUUCAAUAGCCAAGAAAAUGCAAAUACUUGAGACUCGACAAGAUAAUGUAUUAGAAUAUCUUCGCUGUUUAAUGAAUGGUAUGAAAAUGAUGGCAGGUGAAUGUAUUAAAGUGUCUGAACUCCGUCGUCUCGAUGCAGAGGAAUUAAUUGAUGAAACAAUCGGUCCUAGUGAUCAGUCAAGACGAGAUCUUCAACGAGAUUCGAUAAUAGCGGAUACACGUCGCACAUCAAUCACUCCUGGAAUUUUACAAGUUUCAUCGAUGAAUUUUUUUCAAUCUCUUAAAACGUAA